AUUGUGUUGGAUAAGCUAAGCUCCAAUUCAAACCCAAAGAAUUGCAGUUGCCAUGUCCACAGACUCUUCUUUAUUAUCUACCCUCACUUCACUUACCCAUCUUCAAUUCCAUGGCUCUAUCCAUUGCUUCCACUGCACUUCCAAACAUUCCCCUCAUCAGACAUAAUAAGCAAAAUUGGGUUCCUGGGCAGGCAAAGGCAAAAACAUGCAUGUUGUUGUCAUCAUCAAGAACAUUAUGGCGUUUGAAUGCUGGUAAAGAGGUUUCAAGUGUUUGUGAACCUCUUCCUCCUGAUAGACCUCUUUGGUUCCCUGGUAGUUCUCCUCCUCAAUGGCUUGAUGGCAGUCUUCCUGGAGAUUUUGGUUUCGACCCACUUGGAUUAGGGUCUGAUCCAGAGCUGCUGAAAUGGUUUGCGCAAGCGGAGCUGAUGCACGGCCGAUGGGCAAUGCUAGCGGUGGCCGGAAUACUCAUCCCGGAAUGGCUGGAAGGCCUGGGAUUCAUCCAAAACUACUCAUGGUACGACGCCGGCGCCAGAGAGUAUUUCGCAGACCCCACCACUCUUUUCGUGGUGCAAAUGGCGUUGAUGGGGUGGGCGGAGGGGCGGCGAUGGGCGGAUAUAAUCAACCCAGGCUGCGUCGACGUGGAGCCCACGCUGCCGCACAAGAAGAAGCCGAAGCGGGACGUUGGCUACCCUGGCGGGCUGUGGUUUGACCCGUUUAUGUGGGGGAGAGGCUCGCCGGAGCCGGUGAUGGUGCUCAGAACCAAGGAGAUCAAGAAUGGCAGGCUGGCUAUGUUGGCAUUUGUGGGGUUCUGUUUCCAGGCUAUUUAUACUAAACAGGGGCCUAUUGAGAACCUCAUGUACCACCUUGCUGAUCCAGGCCACAACAAUAUUUUCUCUGCUUUCACCUCACACUGAUGUUUUCAUGUUUUGAGGGGUAUGAGAAGUACAGAAAGAUGAGACAGACAGAGAGAUAAACUGAAAGAAAUAUAGAUAUUCUUGUCUUUUCACUGCAUUAAUUUCUUUCAUUUUUUACAAUGACUGGGACUAAAAGGACAACAGAAGAGAAGAUUUCUCACUCAAA